UGAGCAGUGGUAGUCCGGCUCGUCCUAUUGUCAUCGAGAUGUGUCGCGUGUCGUGUGUCGGUGCGGUAUGAUACGAGGGAAUUCGGAGCGCUUGAACUUUGAACGAACACUCGCAGGGUACGAGCGAGAUAAACCGGCGGACGUUACAGCAGCGUUUCGUGUGCCCUUUAUCGGGUUUUUCAGAAGUUGGCUCGCGGCAGAGUGGCACUGCAACAAAUCGGAGCGGCAAUCCACACUUGGAAGCCUCUCUCGCUCCCUCCCUAUAGCGGGGCAGCCGGCGAGCAGGACGGAAGACGCGGGCCGCGGGUUCGAAAACGGGCCCGCCGGAAUCUUCGAAAAUCGACGUCGAAUCAACGGUCAUAGGCAUGCUACCGAAAUGGACGUGCGCAAUCCUGAGCCUGCUGGUCUUCUCGUCGGCUUUGCGGGACUUUGAGGUCGAGUCGUUCAUCGAGAUGACCGAGCUGGCUUAUGAAGAUGCCUGCCUGGAGGCUGCCAAAGCCGAGUGGUCAUUCGUCAACGACAUGGACGACAGAAGCCGCGAUAAUUGGACAACUGCCCAGCUGAAUUAUGGCCUGUUCAAGAAGAACCAAACUCAGGAGAUCCUCGAAAACUCCAUCAAGAACGUGACCAAUGAAUCCUUGAAGUACAAGCACGAGCUGGCCGAGAAACCAGGCGAUGCCCUGUUGAACGACGAGGACUGGAAAUCGCUGGUCCUUUUCAUCGGAGAAGCGGAGUUCCUACGGAGGACCGCCAGGUACACGGAGGAGGGGAAGGAGUUCACGAGGGACGACGUGGAGCGUUUGUUAUUUCACGGCGGAACGGUCAAAGAGAAACGAGCCGCCUGGUCUUCCUGGCACAGUCAGCUGGCACCGAUUACGACUAAUUUCUCUAGAAGCUUGACCCUGGUCCGCGAAGCUGCCAAAGUUAAUGGUAUGAGCGAUGAGAGAAGCUACUGGGAACUGCUGUCUGGUUAUCCGAAUGGGUACAAAAACGCCGAGGAACAGUGGAGGCAACUGUUAAGCCUUCAUGGGAAGAUCGUAGGUUUUGUGCGGUCGCGGCUUUCUGAGAAAUACGGACUUCCUUUGGAAAACAACACGGUUCCGGCUUAUUUACUCGGAUCUCUACAAGGUUUCGACUGGACGAAUAUAAUGAACUUGAUGCCCCAAUCUAACCUGACCUAUGAAAUACGGAAAAAUCUGUGGAAAAAGGAACUUAUUGGAAGAACUUUGUACAAAUCGGUCUCAUCUAUUGGAUCGGCUGUAUUAAAUCAAGUACCCGAAGCUGAGUUUUGGGAAAACAGUCAGUUUAACGGCACUUGUCCAUCGGAAUUAAUCAGUUUUUGCCGAGACGGAGAGAUGCGAGUUUCAACGUGUUCUGAAGCAUCCAUCAGUAAUUACCUUGAUGCUCAUAAGAACGUUGCAAAAAUCUUGGUGAACCAAAUGAUGGCAGAUCAUGCGUCAAUGUUAAGUACUGCUAAUCGAUAUUCAGCUCUCGAGGAAGCUAUGGCCCAAUUAUUCGCGAUAUUAUCAGUGAGUCCUGCUCAACUGCAAUCUCUGGGUUUAAUCAGGAGCACCAACGGUACCGAAGAAUUACAGAUGUUGUCAUUGAUGAUCACAGCUUUGGAUGUUUUGCCAUCUGUUGCUUAUUACUUGUCCGCGGAUUUGUGGAGAAUUAAUGCUUUAGAAAAUGAAACUAUCAGUUCUGAUGAUCUUAUUGAUUCUUGGUGGAGACACAGGUCGGAAUACGAGGGCGUUGCAUCUGACUCACUGGAUCCACCCACUUUUCUGGAUGACAGUUACAUCAUUAGUAACAAACCUUAUCUUCCGAAAUUGGUCGGGACGAUUCUCGCAUUCCAGUUGUAUGAGUACAUAAUGGAAUCCACGGAAGUUCGAUACAGUCACGUCGAAGCAAAUCGUCCAAACCACGCCCUAGUAAAAAUGAUUCAGUAUGGUGGUGUAGAGAAUUGGAUGGAUCUUAUACAGAAGCACCUAGAACUGGACGAAAUCUCGGUAGAAUCCCUACUUUCAUUCCUCCUACCAUUGGAAGAAUACAUUGAAAGGGCGAAUGACGAGCUCGAAGAUCUGCCGAAAAUCAUCACAGCGGAUCAAGAACGGGAAUUUCAGAGGCUGGAACAGAUAUAUCGCGAACAAGCACUUGCUCCAAAAACAACGACGAUAAGCACUACACCUACGACAACAACGACAACAGCAAAAGCAGUUCCAAGCAGCGAGACGCAAACUAAACCACCACUUGACUUAAAAUCCGACUCUAAAACAGUAACCAACGAGCAAGCGGAUAAGCCGAGCAACGUCGAAGCUGCAAACUCUACGACAACUAAUGAAAACUCUUAUGAAAAUCUGUCAAAAUCUUUUGACAUGGAUGACGAAAGUGAGGAGGAACCAAAGAUGAAUACUAGCAAAGCAGUUUGGGCGGUAGCAGCUGUUUUGGUGGCGACGGUAACGAUUUGCGUGAUUGCAAUUUUUGGAAGGCGAAGGUGUCGCAAAACGCCAAAAAAUAGAAGAUACGUUUAACCACGAUUUGCCGUUGGCUCCUAAUUGUGAACAUUUUCUCCACGUCGUUUGAAAGUGAUCCCCGACCGUAUGAAUAGUAGCCAAAGAGAAUGAAACGUAUCAAGACUUGGGACGGUCAGUUUUCAAAAAUGAGGAUGUGGAAUCGGAGACUCCAUCUAGGAAUUGUCCUGUGAGGUUGUAAGCGUAUAACCUAUGUACUUCAGACAUUUCUUGAUGUCGAGUUUCGAUUUCAUCCCGGUGCCAAUUUUUUCCGCAGGUCCUACACUUAUACGACGAUUUAAUAUUAGACAUUCCUAGAGAUUUAUGCUUUGAAAUAUUUCGAUUCAAAGUAUAUUAAGCUGACGAAUGUGUCGUUGAAAUGAAGCGUUGAUUUUGAAAACGCUAUAUUUGCUUGGCCUCGCUGUAGUUACCAGAAAUUGGUUUUGAACGUUUCAUCCCAACAAAAAUGCAACAGAUUAUGCCGUGAUGAAGUGCGGAGUUUAGUACGCGUUUUACGUACUCAAUGACUGUAUAAGAAGGAACAUCAGUUUCUUAUAAUGCUUGAAAUUGAAAUAUUUCAAUACGUACAUCACAUAUUACUUACUACCACUAUUUGGUCGCUAGCGAACGAUGGCUGUAAUAACACAAGAGAAUUUAAUACUUUUAAUGUUAUAUUCUCCCAUUAUUAAUUUGGUGCAUAGUAACUGUGCACUGAAGAGACAACUGUUAUAGGCUGUCAUUACGACCGUUUGUUCUGCGUAUUAAUUUAUAAUAAACAGUAGUAUGGAACUUGUAAAUGUUCUGCAACUUAACAAACGUGCAUGUUUGGUUUCGUAUCAAUUUACAAUUUCUCAAAAUGGUAAUUGCUACCCACCCUGCAAUUUUUCUUAGGACAAUAAGAUACGAUGCGCAUAAUAUACUAAAUGUACACGAACAUAAGAUUAUAGACACGUAAAAUCAUACUUCGUAAAAAUGUAGUAUACGAGUCAUAAUACGUGGAAACUAAUCAAUAUAUACAUUUAUACCGGUCUCCAGAAUCCGUGGAAAAACUUCGGAAUAUUUUGAGUCACCUUCACAUGUUAACUUUCCACGAACAGCUGCACAAUUCUUAGUGUCAUUAUGUCAUAAGUUGUUUGAGCUGGAGCGCUUCCUUUUGUUAAACGUAUUUAUGCCUCCAGAGAGAAAAUGACAUGUUCGAUUGCAAGUUCAACAGUAUUUUAGUAGUUUGGUGUAGGUUUUUGCAAUUUCCUAUUCGCCACUGCAGAAUAAGUAAUGGAUGUACAAACUGUUGCACUUUAUCAACUUCCACGCGUGUUUUUAAGUAAACUUGGUAAACCAUACAGUUGCGCUUUAUUCGUACAAUUGUGUUCGUUUCUAGAGAACUUUGUAUGAUAUAGAUUCGAAGUGAAACCAUUCACGCACAAAAUAAGUUACUUAUACAUGGGUGUUACUGUCCAUCAUGUUCUUGCAAUUGAUCUCCGCGAUGUUCAACAUAUGUUCUCUAAACUACCUCGCGAGAGAAAUUCUACAGAUUCAGGAAAAUGAUUAUGUAACCGAGUCAUUUCGAAUAUUCACUGUUUGGUCAAAGAGAUUCUUUCUCUCUAUCAAAUCGCUCAGCAUAUUAUACCGUAGAUGUAAGUAGUACAAACUAGAAUAUAAAAACGUUUUGUAUUAGUUUUAGGAGAAAUAUUUACAAUUCGUGGGUCAAACAAGAACUUUCCUAACGUACAGUGGAUAAUUGUGUAGACACGAAGUCGUGACAGUGGUGUUCUUAAGUACUCUUCCUCAGAAGAACGAACGGAGCUUAAUACUUUGUAAUUUAUACAUUUUUAAAUGAAACGAUAUUUUGUAAUCUGGUAUUUUACAUUAGUGGAAGGUAUUGUGUAACAAUCUACAGGUUUAUUACUAUGUAGUACUUCUGAAAUUAGCGAUUCAGAGUAACAUGUAAAUAUUUGAGUAAUCGUAGUAUGAUGUGAAGUGAGUAUACAUGUGUAGGUAAUAGAAAUCUUCAAAUGUCAAAAAUAUCGUGAGUAAUCAUCUAAAAGAUCAUAUUUACCUAUGUCUUAAUUAUGUCCCGUCUACGCGCAUGUUAUUUAUUAUGCAAAUACAUUUCGUUGAUGAUAUAUAUUUUUAUAAAAAUAUUUAUUUUGUAUCAGCAUGGAAACGAAAUAACACACCAACUACAGAA